AUAAUAAAAUUUUCCAAUGCGUCAAACACGGUAGCAAUAGCAAUAGUAGCCCACCCUUCCCUCCUUCUAUUUUAUUUAUUUUUUAAUUAUUACUUAUGAAACUUUCUGAUGUAUAUAGCAAAGGCUUAAAUAACCCAAAGUCAGUACCAAUAAAAAUUUUCUUUUGAAUUUCCGUUUUGUUUUUUGCGGUUUGGUAAUUACAGAUUAUUAAUGGGUAUCCGAAGAAGAAGAAGUAAAGUUGUUGACGUGUCUUCUUUCUUGCUCUUCGAGGCCACCGGCGAUUCGGAAUCUGGUUGUAGUUCCGAUCCAGCCAUGGUUGAUAUCAGUCACGAUGAUGAUGGUGAUGAUGAUGAUGCCGAGUCAUGUAGCUGUGAUAUUGCACCUGAUGUUGUUCAUGGUGUUGGAGAGGUUGGUGGUAGCUUAAAAAACAAAUUUGCAAAUGUUGUUGAAGGUGUCAAUGAUGAAGAUGAUGACGACGAUGACGAUGGGGUGGUGGAGCAAAAGGAGGUUCAAUUGUAUAAAAAAAGUUGCAGGGAUGAUCAACGUAUUAAAGGAGUUGGUGUGGGGAAAGAAAAGAAAUCCUCUUCAUCAGCUGAAAACUCAAACUCAAGCGAAACCAUGAAUGAGAUGGAAAAGAACAGGCUUUUUUGGGAAACUUGUUUGGCUUCCUAGAAAAUCUGGUUAAUAAAGUUUGCUGCAAAUCUGAAAUGGAGAGGUGGAGCAGCCAGGCAAUGAAUAUUUCUGGCAUUUUCUGAUAUGGAUUCAAAUUAUGAAUAAAUGUAACAAAAAUGCAGUAAGUUUUAGA